GCACUCGGUGCGUACGGCGCCCAGACCGAGCUGCUGAAGUCUUCUGUUGACCUUGCUGCUCUGGGCAAUUGCGACACAUCCUAGUGCAAGCUCAAACGACUAACAUGAAGAGGUCGCAGGACCUCUCACCCCUCGCUGCGGAACAGGGGCAAUCGUCUGCGUUUCCGGCGCCCAAGAAAUUCAAGGCGGCCCCUCGUGUCUCGCAUGGCAUCAGCGUACCUGCUCCUGAACACCCGACCAGCCCUACGAUGGAAAAUGGCGACAACGAGUGGACGAGGGUAGAGAAGCGCAAGGCGAAGAAGGCGAAGAGGACGGAGGCGAAGAUGGAAGUCAACCCACCCAGGUUCAUGUACUCCAAAGCCGAGAUCAUACGGAGACGGGAGGCAGUCGGUAUCAACGAUAUCCGGGAGCUGGUCCUGCAUCUGUCUGCAGAUGCGCCGCCAGCGAGCUGGGUCAGGGUAGAGAAUCCUCGAUCUGUGAAGAAAGUUGUGGCGAUCCUCGUUCCGGGGAUUACCCCAGAGAUCAUCUCGCUGCCGCCGUUGCCCACGUCGGCGACGGCCAACCCGAACCUCCCUCUUCCUGUUCCUCUCCCUGCUGAAGGCUCGUCAUCUGGUCUUCCAUUCAUUGGACGGACGUUCAGCCAUGCGUGUCCUACUCGGGCGCCCGGCGACCAGACGCGGAUGCACUCCGUGCUCAACUCGUUCUUCCAAGGUCCUAUCACAGGCGAGGAGAAGAAAAAGCGGCUCAUCGAGCGUGUCAAUUCAGAGCGGGCUUGGGAGAAGACACCGAUGCGCUACAUCCUGUCCACUGAACUGAUGAUCGAGAACGACUACCCAGUACCAUCAUACAUAGCUGAAGUCUUCGAGAAAUCCCCUGGAUGGGUAGAGACACCGCAGGCAUCCACCUCACAGUCGCCGGAAACGCAACCGCGGAUAUAUGCUAUUGACUGCGAGAUGUGUGUAACAGAGGAUGGGAAGGAGCUCACGCGAGUGUGUAUGAUCGAAUAUGACUCCGGCAUAGUCGUAUACGACCAGCUCGUCAAACCGUCAAAGCCCAUACAAGACUAUCUGACAAGAUGGUCAGGGAUUACUGCCGAAGCGCUCGACCCGGUGACGACCACCUUCGAGGAGGUACAAACCCACAUCCUCAACAUCCUGUCCGCAACACCGACACCAGUACUCCUCGGCCACUCACUAGAGUCUGACCUCAAAGCACUCAAAAUUUGCCAUCCACUGUGCAUUGACACCUCCGUCAUCUACCACCAUCCACGCGGUCGGCCAUUCAAGCCUGGAUUGGCGUGGCUCACGAAGAAGUGGUGCGGUCGGGAGAUCCAGAACAGGGGUGAAGGCGGACACGACCCGGAGGAGGACGCACGAGCGUGUGUAGAUUUGCUCAAGAAGAAGCUCGUCAACGGUCCGGGCUUCGGCGAGUUCAAGAUAGAUAUGGAGUCCAUCUUCGAGCGUAUAUGCAGGUCCAGAUCCGGGACGGUCUCCACGGCCAUCAUCGACCAUGGUAAUCCUGCUGCGUGGCAUGGCACCAAGGCGACGUCAACCAUCGCCUGUCAGACCGACGAUGAGGUCCUCGAGGGCUUGUUGGGAGCUGUACCCUCGCAUCACUUCACAUUCGGACGGCUCACCGCUCUCGCUAUGGCACGCGGCUGGAUCACACCAAAGACGAGCGCUGACCUGAUUCCCGAUCCCGACCCAACUCCCGCUACCCCCGUCGACAUGGACGUGGUCCUCUCGACGUUGAACAGCCAGCUGGAGAAACUGUACGCCGGGCUUCCGCCCCGGACGGCAGUCGUCAUCUUCACGGGCCACUCUGAUCCCCGCCGGAUGUCCGAGCUGAACGCGCGCAAGAGCACGUUUGAGACGGCGCUGAGGCAAGGGAAGGCCCUCGAUGACGUCGGGAAGGAGAAUUGGUGGACGACGGUGGACGGGCGGGAGCUCGAAGAGGAGGUGGAGAAGGCGAAGAGGGGGCUGUUGUUCUUGGGUGUAAAGGAGUAGUCUCCGUGAAUGCCAUGAGAGUACCCUCGAAUAUGUGCUUUUGUGUAUGGCUGUCCUCGCAGCUGAGGCGGUGGUUUCUUUCUGCUCCUGUCACCUAAGUCCCACAGGAUGAUCAGCUUGUGUCAAUUGUGAGGCUGGUAAUGAG